UAUUGUGAAGGCGGUUGCCGGAAGAGUUCUUACGAAUACGACUAGCUUGUUAGUAUAGCCAAACACCGCUUCAUUGGCUUUUGCACUCUCAUACUGGACCAACAGUAGGCGUCAAAAUGAGUUCUAUUGGGACCGGGUACGACCUGUCGGCAUCCACCUUCUCUCCCGACGGCCGAGUCUUUCAGGUUGAGUACGCCAUCAAGGCCGUGGAGAACAGCAGCACAGCCAUUGGAAUCCGCUGUAAAGAUGGCGUCGUGUUUGGCGUGGAGAAGUUGGUUUUGUCCAAACUCUACGAGGAGGGCUCCAACAAACGCAUCUUCAACAUUGACCGACAUGUCGGCAUGGCUGUGGCAGGCCUCCUGGCGGACGCCCGCUCGCUAGCUGAGGUGGCCCGCGAUGAAGCGUCCAACUUCCGCACCAGCUACGGGCACGACAUCCCCCUCAAGCACCUGUCGGAGCGCGUGGCCAUGUACGUGCACGCAUACACGCUCUACAGCGCCGUGCGGCCCUUCGGCUGCAGCUUCAUCCUGGGCUCCCACGACAAAGACGAUGGGCCACAGCUCUACAUGGUCGACCCCUCGGGCGUCUCAUACGGUUACUGGGGCUGCGCCAUUGGAAAAGCUAAACAAGCAGCCAAGACAGAAAUUGAAAAACUGCAGAUGAAGGACAUGACGUGCAGAGAGCUGGUCAAGGAGGUCGCCAAAAUCAUCUACAUCGUUCACGACGAGGUGAAGGACAAAGCAUUCGAGUUGGAACUCAGCUGGGUGGGAGAAAUCACAAACGGUCGACACGUGCUCGUCCCCAAAGACAUCAGGGAGGAAGCAGAGAAAUAUGCCAAGGAUUCGCUGGAGGAGGAAGACGACUCGGAUGAAGACAACAUGUGAACCCACUGACUCUUUAGUUCCUGUUUGUUUUUCAUGUUUCUUAGUUUUGCCUUAAAAAUAAAAAAUGUUUCCAGCCCGGUC